AUGAUCGAGCACUAUGAAGCUUCUGCAACGACAUCUCCCCAAUUGUGUCGCACGAUUGCUAUCCCUUCGACAACGCUGGAGUCACAUCCGUCGAUUAAGCAAGUCACGAGUGACAUGCACGUCGUGCAUUUGCCUCAGUGGAACACAUAUCACUUGACCACGUCCCUCAAACUCGUGGUGACAGGCCAUGUCAAUCGACUUUGCAAAAUGCUGCAACCGAUGAGUUUAUUCCUUACCAUGGGAUCGUCACACAAGUUGGCGUGGAAAGCCAACACCCACUUCACCCCGAAACGUGUCGUGACGGCCCGCCCAUUAGCAGUGGUGAAUGGCCCCGUGGCUGCGAGACGCUUCCCAAUGUUCAACGUAGUUGCCGUGUCGGCACUGUGCACAUGUACGCUUGGAGCCCAAGUUUCAAUACCCCUUCCAAGGCCCGUCCUCGUGUGCUGA